AUGCUGAUCCCUCCCUACUGCCUUCCCCAGAUCGCUCCCUACUGCCUUCCCCAGAUCCCUCCCUACUGCCUGCCCCAGAUCCCUCCCUAUUGCCUGCCCCAGAUCCCUCCCUACUGCCUUCCCCAGAUCCCUCCCUACUGCCUUCCCCAGAUCCCUCCCUACUGCCUUCCCCAGAUCCCUCCCUACUGCCUUCCCCAUAUCCCUCCCUACUGGCUGCCCCAGAUCCCUCCCUACUGGCUGCCCCAGAUCCCUCCCUACUGCCUGCCCCAGAUCCCCUCACUGCUGCCCCAGAUCCCCCGACUACCUGCCCCAGAUCCCCCACUGCCUGCCCCAGAUCCCCUCACUGCUGCCCCAGAUCCCCCGACUACCUGCCCCAGAUCCUCCACUGUCUGCCCCAGAUCCCCCACUGCCUUCCCCAGAUCCCCCCACUGUCUGCCCCAGAUCCCCCACUGCCUACCCCAGAUCCCCCACUGCCUGCCCCAGAUCCCCUCACUGCUGCCCCAGAUCCCCCCACUACCUGCCCCAGAUCCUCCACUGCCUGCCCCAGAUCCACCCACUGCCUGCCCCAGAUCCCCCCACUGCUGCCCCAGAUCCCCCCACUGUCUGCCCCAGAUCCCCCACUGCCUUCCCCAGAUCCCCCACUGUCUGCCCCAGAUCCCCCCACUGUCUCCCCCAGAUCCCCCCACUGUCUGCCCCAGAUCCCCCCACUGUCUGCCCCAGAUCCACCCACUGCCUGCCCCAGAUCCCCCCACUGCUGCCCCAGAUCCCCCCACUGUCUGCCCCAGAUCCCCCACUGUCUCCCCCAGAUCCCCCCACUGUCUGCCCCAGAUCCCCCACUGCCUUCCCCAGAUCCCCCACUGUCUGCCCCAGAUCCCCCCACUGUCUCCCCCAGAUCCCCCCACUGUCUCCCCCAGAUCCCCCCACUGCCUGCCCCAGAUCCCCCCACUGCCUGCCCCAGAUCCCCUCACUGCCUGCCCCAGAUCCCCCCACUGCCUGCCCCAGAUCCCCUCACUGCCUGCCCCAGAUCCCCCCACUGCCUGCCCCAGAUCCCCCCACUGCCUGCCCCAGAUCCCCCCACUGCGUUCCCCAGAUCCCCCCACUGCCUGCCCCAGAUCCCCCCACUGUCUGCCCCAGAUCCCCCCACUGUCUCCCCCAGAUCCCCCCACUGUCUGCCCCAGAUCCCCCCACUGCCUGCCCCAGAUCCCCCCACUGUCUGCCCCAGAUCCCCCCACUGUCUGCCCCAGAUCCCCCCACUGUCUGCCCCAGAUCCCCCCACUGUCUGCCCCAGAUCCCCCCACUGUCUGCCCCAGAUCCCCCCACUGCCUGCCCCAGAUCCCCCCACUGCGUUCCCCAGAUCCCCCCACUGCCUGCCCCAGAUCCCCCCACUGUCUGCCCCAGAUCCCCCCACUGUCUCCCCCAGAUCCCCCCACUGUCUGCCCCAGAUCCCCCCACUGUCUGCCCCAGAUCCCCCCACUGCUGCCCCAGAUCCCCCCACUGUCUGCCCCAGAUCCCCCCACUGCUGCCCCAGAUCCCCCCACUGUCUGCCCCAGAUCCCCCCACUGUCUCCCCCAGAUCCCCCCACUGUCUCCCCCAGAUCCCCCCACUGUCUGCCCCAGAUCCCCCCACUGCUGCCCCAGAUCCCCCCACUGUCUGCCCCAGAUCCCCCCACUGCCUUCCCCAGAUCCCCCCACUACCUGCCCCAUUGCAGCACCGAUGCACCGCGCCACCCCCUUCUCCAUAUUCCCAUAUGAGCCAGCAGACCUCCCUUUGGCUAGCAGUGCUUCAUGUGUGACAGUUAGCAUGUGGCGGAACCCUCUGAUGUGGAAGGAAGUGAAAGGUGGGUUUGGUGCCAACUCCACCACAGAGCAGAGCAGAGGAGGGAUUUCACAGAGGCUGCUGCUGCCAAUAGCCUGGUGCUCUGGAUGA